GGCGCGGAAAGCGCGGGACACCAUCGCCUCCGGUCCUCCCGCCUGCCGGAGCCCGAACUUCAUCACCCCGCGCCCAAAACGAGUGGCCUGUACCUGCAAUAGAGAUGUUCUGAGAGUGCCCAGAAGACACAGUGCAGCUCCUGCCCUUCAUCAGAGGAACAGGACUGAAGAGGUAUGGUCGUUUGUUUUAAUUUCCUGGCCUGUGGUUGUUUUCAUAAUCUUGGCCAUUAUCCGUCUCAAAUUCCCUCCAGAACCACAGCAAAACUGUUAUCUUGCACCCCGAAACCUUCCUAGUGCAGGCUUCUUCCCAUUCUUGCAAACCGUGCUGUGUGAUUCAGAUGCCAGGUGUAAAGGCACACCAUACACACCAGAAGAUUUACUGCCAAGACUUAGUGACAUUUCAUCUCUCAAACUUAAGAGGAGGAGCUCAUCCAGUGUAUCCAAGGACAGCCAUCCAUCAGCAUGGAGUGCAGAGGUUCCUAAAAGCAGGAACGCUUCACUGGCAUUUGGGGAUUUGGGAUCUCAUGGAGAAAAAACCCUUGGGAAUAUUUCAUCACCAUCCAACUUGACUUCCAGCAUCAACACGUUCAACAAAAUCCUCAAUUUUGGGAAGAGCCAGACCCAACAUUCAACUGCAGCCACUCUCAAAGUCCUGCUGUGUGAGGUCUUGUCGCGGUAUGUGGCACAUCCCGGUGUCACCGGAGAGAGGAUGGCGGCCAACAUCCACCACACCUUCUGCUUCACUGACUCGUCACUUUUGGAGUCGUUUGCCCAGGAGUUCAGGAGUCAACUCUCUCAGGUGCAACACAACCCACAGUACCAGGAGACAUUUGUCAGUGAAAUGGUCUCGUUUCUGACACUCAUCUCCCAAGUGCAGAAUGACACCUCCCUGUGGCAUCUCCUUUUGCUGGCCCCAGAUGUGUUGCAGGACAACUUGCAACUGCAAGACAUAAUUGAUUUCCUUCAGAAUCCAAGCAGUGUUGUGCUGGCAGCUCAGAAUGUCUCUGCAUCGCUUUUGACUGAUGAUAGAUCCAAAACUGUUCAGAAUGGGAUUACAGAUCUUCCAUAUUCAGUGAACUGCUUGGAGCAAGAUAAAGAGAAAAGUUUGGUGACCAGAUACAUUUGUAAUUCCUUUGUUAACUGGAAAGACAAGCAGACUUUAGUGUCUGAAUUGGAGGAAGUUCUAAGAAAAAUAAAGUCACCAGAGAUUGGUAGAAAGGACUCCAAGAGGUCCAUUAAUUCAGAUGAUUUAGAAGCCAUACAAAAGCAUCUACAUCGUUUAAAAGGCUUUGAGGAAAAAAUGAAUAGAAGUGAAUUAAAAACCUUAAAUCUAUUCAGAAAUUUGAAGAAUGAAACAUUACAGAAAUUGUAUGCAUUUCUUGAACUGGGAAAGAAUCCACAUCAUGAUUAUAAAUUAAAGGAACCAUAUAAUAAGGAAAUAAUUGAUGAAAUCUAUAACUUCACAUCACUGCAAUUACUGAGUGACUUUAAUAAGACUUCCAUCUUUGAUAUAAUGACCCAGUGGAAAGAAAUUCAGAGCGCUUUAAAAUUAGCUACAAUUAUUUGGAAUCCAGUUUUGUUAAACAAGUCUAAUUUUAGUAUAUUACAAACUAAGGAUGCUCUCAAAAUGUUGCUCUCCGCGAGCAUGCCAUCACUUCUGGAAGACUUCAGAGACCAUUUAAAUGGAAUGCAAGAAACACCAUCUUUGUUUUCGGAUGAUCUGCUGAAGCCUGUGUCCUACAGCAACUUUGCAGAGCAACUCCAAGCUCUGCAGAGGAUGAUUUUUGUAAUGACAGGCACGAACAUGGGUUAUCAGUACCUACUGCUGCCUGUGUUUGAGGUGAUGCGGGAAGUGGAGCGCUCCGUGGGGGAAGCCUGGUGGGAUGAGCUGAAUGUCUACUGGCGCCUCGGGGAGAAACUGAGGUCGAUGAAGUGGAACAACACAGGCAUCAUCGCCUACGGGCAGUUCUUAGAGGUAUUAAACAGCCAUUUACAAAAGCUGAAUAAUAAUUCAAGUGGUGUCUUCAGUGAACAGUUGGAUCAGCUGUCAGAAUUUAUAACAGCCGUGUUUAAAGAGUUUGGGGAGAGCUCUGGAGUAGCCAAUAUCUCACUAGUCACCCAAGCCAUCCAAAAGACCUUGUACAUAUUAAAAGACUUACAGCUGAAUUAUAAUGUCACUAAAUUGAAAUCUAUAGAUCUUUUCUUUAAUUUUGACAAUAAAACCUUCAAGAGCUUGUCUGAACUUCUGAGGACAGGAAUGAAAAUCCUUCAUUAUACAAGCGACAGUGAAGCUUCCAGGGAAGAAAUAAUUAACCCUGUCUAUAACUUAACACAUCUCCUACUGCAGGAGUUCAACCAGUCUUCCUUACAGCCCAAUACUUCUCUGGAGGCAAAAAUUUGGGAGUUCUUGCAUUCAGCCUUGAGUCCUUUCCUUGAGAACAGCAACAAUGGUGGCGGGACCCUCCAGAAUUGCUCUUUUGAAAACGUGCUCCACAUAGCACUUGAGAUGCUGUUUGAAAAUGCCACUCUAAGGGAGUCCUUAGCCAGGAGCCCCUGCAAGACCCUCUUUGAUUCCAUGGGCAUGGAGGGUGGAACAGUGCACAAUGACAGCUUUGCCAAAGUGUUCCAGCUUGCCAUAAGAAACCUGAAAGUGUCUCCAGAGUUUGCUGCUCUCUACAAGAACAGCAGCGAAUGCUUCUCCAAGGAGCUGUCGUGCAUCACCCAAUCUCUGCAUUUUUCCCUGAGUUUCCUUUCCAAAUUAAACCUUGUGUCUGAGCUGGAAAACUCUUGGGUGCAGGAGAAGGCGAGAGCUCUGACUGCUGUCACGGAGGGGCUGCUGCAGAGUAAUGUCUCCUGCCCCAUCCCAGUCCAAGAUGUGCUCCCAUCUCAGCUUUUGAGCCUGCUGAUUCCUGCCAUGCUGAAUGAAACAGUGCUGGACUCCCUAAAUUUCUCUGACACUGUAGCAAGCUGGAAUAACCUGUCCAUGCUCUUCAGUGUGGCACAGGGUGAGCUCCAUGUGAACAACCUGCUGCAGAGACUGCACGGCGCCUUCAGCCUCCCCAAAUGGAGUUAUUACACAAGUGUCUGGGAUGUGGUUGACAGGUUCCUCAACACCAAAAGGAAUCUAACUGAAGGAGCUGCCUUUGGAAAGUUGUUAAGAGCAGUGGCAAACAACUCUGCCAACGAGAUGUCAGCUCAGGAAAUCGCAGAAGCCAGCUUCUACGUUCUCAAGGGGCUGAACUUCUCUGACCUGCUAAAUGAAUUCGAUAUAAGUUCCAGCUCAGCUUUUCACUCCAACAAAACUAGUUUUGACAGUGUGAUUGAUAUCAUCUCUCAUCACUUCGUAGUCAUGGCAGAAACUCUCUACAACAAGACCCUGCCUUGGUCUCAGAGUGACCACACUCUGUCACCAACCAGUUUGAUCACACGAUUUCUGUUUUUGGAAUUUGAAAACACACUCUUGCAGGUGACAAUGAAUAACAGCUGUAACCCUUACCUGAAGUGUUUAAUAAAUGCUGCUGAAGCUGAGGACAGAGAAUUGACAGAAAACAUCACCCUGCUUUUGAAGCAAACUCAUCUGAAAAAGAACUCUUUUAUGCAAAAUAAUACCUCUGAGAAACAUUCAUCCAUACCAGAGCUCCUGAAGCUAAAAAUCUCUCGCCUGCGGGAUCUGACAACCCUUCUGUGUGACUACGAGAGCUUUAAGUCAGUCCAGCAGCUCUGCCACCUCCCCGAGGUUGGCUUUGGAGAGCUGUGUGAGCAAGGCCAAUCCCACGAGCAGCUCCUCCGCGCUGUGGAGCUGAGCAGUGACAUGGUGACCAAUGUCCUGAACCACAGGAGAAUCUCCCAAGAGUUUCAGAAUGUACUCAUUGGGGAUGCCACGAACAUCCAGACACUGCUGAAUUGGCUUCAAGAAAAUGUACCAGAACUUGCUUUCUUUCAAGAGAUUCCUCAGUAUAUGGCUACUUUGAAUUCCAUGUUGAACAUCACUGAGAGUUUAACAAACUCUAGCAAGCAAGAAAAGUUAAGAGAUGUGUUUAGAAAUGUGGACCAGCUCAAGGAGGAUCUCAAAAAUGCAACAGGAAUGUCUGCAGCCAGUAUUGAUGCUCUUCUGGAAACACCUCUCCCAGAAAACAGCAGUCAGCUCAUUUCUCAGCUCCUGCAGCUGGAGUCCUGUAGUGUCCGUCCCGCUGACCCGCAGCUGCGAACGGUGGCAGAGGAGUUGUGCAAACUCUCUCUCUCAGAGAGGACUCGUGGGACCUACAUCCUGGGGGUCACGCUGCUACGACACUUAGACGUUUACAAUUUCUUGUACAAGAUGUUUUUCCCUAAGGAACUUCAGCAACCCAUGGACAAGAUGUUAGGCCUUCUGACAAAAAUGAAAUACUUCAGACACCAGGUUGAAUCUGGUGUUGAUCCAUUGCUACAAGCUAUUCAUUCCCUGAAAAAGCUCCGGCAGUCUAGGAAAAUGCCACUGACUAAGGCGUUAUUUAAACCAGCCACCUUUAGGAUAACACGUGGCACAUUUAAGUCCAUGUCAAAAGUUCUCUGCAACCAGGAGAUCACACCCCUGUUCUUUGAGUCCUUGCUUCCAGAUUUUGGAGACCCCAUAAGCAACAGUUCUAACGCGGAGGAUGUCUAUGUCCAAAAGCUGAUGAGGAAAUAUGGGAUUCCUCAAGACUCCACACCAUUUUGCUUAUCCUUUUACCUGGACCUGGUCAAGACCCCGACUGGAGCUUUAAUUUGGUCUUUUUUAAAACCAAUGGUGCUUGGGAAGAUCCUUUUCACACCAGAUACCCCAGCAACUCGAGCAAUCAUGAGGAAGUCUAAUGCAACCCUGGAGCAGAUGGCUGAUCUAGCCCUGAAGUCCCAAGAGUGGCUGGACAAGUCUCCUGUCAUCAUUAAUUCCCUGGCUAAGUUAAACCAGACAGUUCCAAUGAUCAAGAACACUCUGCAGAAUCCCUUUGUGCAGGUUUUUAUCAAGAUGAUGGUGGAUUUGGAUGCAGCUGAACUGCUGAGUCAGAUAAACGAACUGGAUGAUAUUCGGCUGGAAUUACAGAACAACACUGACAUUGUUGAUCAGCUGAACACUCUUGCUACCCUUGCUGUAAACGUGUCCUCCUGCGUCUCGUUUAAUCGUGUUCGGGCAGUCAAGGACUUAGAGGAAAUGGAAAGGGUGGCUAAGGAGCUCUUUCUGAAGAACGAACUAUUUGCAAGUAUCAUUUUCAAGCUGCCUUCAAGCCAUAGCAGCCCUGGAUCCUCAGUUUCUGGGGCCUUGACCCUCCCUCCUGUGCUCAACUACACGAUCCGAAUGAGCAGCAGGAUCACACAGACCACCAACAGGAUACGGGAGCGCAUCUGGACCGUGGGCCCACACAAUUCCACCUCCCAGAGCCAGAUCUACAGCCGGGCCUUUAUUUAUAUCCAGGACAACAUUGAAAGGGCCAUUAUUGAAUUACAGACUGGCAAGAAACCAGAGGAAAUAGCUGUUCAAGUCCAGGCCAUGCCUUACCCCUGCUACAACAAGGAUAUGUUCUUAACCAGCGUGACCUACUCUCUUCCAUUUGCUCUGAUGGCUGCCUGGGUGCUGUUUAUAGCUGAUUUUGUUAAAACACUUGUUCAAGAGAAAGAUCUGAGGCUUUAUGAGUACAUGAAGAUGAUGGGUGUUAAUGCCAGCAGCCAUUUCAUCGCCUGGUUCGUGGAGUGUGCCAUCUUCCUUCUGAUCACUGUCACCUUCCUCAUUAUUGUUCUAAAAGUGGGUGACAUCCUUCCCAAAACAAACACAGCACUCCUGUUCCUGUACCUCAUGGACUACAGCCUGUCCAUCAUAGCCAUGAGCUACUUCAUCAGUGUUUUCUUCAAUAACACCAACAUAGCAGCCUUGGUGGGCAGCCUCGUGUACAUCCUCACCUUCUUCCCCUUCAUCGUGCUGCUCGUCAUCGAGAAUCACUUGAGCUUCUCUGUGAAGAGCCUCCUGAGCCUCUUGUCCCCAACUGCCUUCAGUUAUGCAAGUCAAUACAUUGCUCGCUACGAGGCACAGGGCAUAGGUCUGCAGUGGGACAACAUGUAUAAGUCCCCCAUGAUUGGAGACAACACUAACUUUGGCUGGAUGUGCUGGCUCAUUCUGAUAGACUCCUUCAUUUACUUCAUUCUGGGAUGGUAUAUAAGGAAUGUUUUCCCAGGUAGAUAUGGCAUGGCUGCUCCCUGGUAUUUCCCAUUGCUUCCAUCUUACUGGAUCGAAUACAACGGUUACCUCCCCUUCUGGAAUGAGAAACAAAGAGGCCUUCUCUUCUCCAAGCUGAUGUUAAGGAAAGAAGUCACCCUCAACAAUAAGAUAUGUGCCCCCCACCCUCACCUGGAACCGGAGCCCACUGAUCUCCCCUUGGGAGUCUCCCUCCAUGGCAUAACAAAGGUUUAUGGAUCCAGAGCUGCAGUGGACAACCUCAGCCUCAACUUCUAUGAAGGGAAUAUCACUUCCCUGCUGGGACACAAUGGAGCUGGGAAAACUACAACCAUAUCUAUUUUGACUGGAUUGUUCCCUACAUCAUCAGGUACUAUCUUUGUGUGUGGCAAAGAUAUCAGGACUGACCAGGAGGUCAUCAGGAAGAACAUGGGGGUGUGUAUGCAGCACAAUGUGCUAUUUAACUACCUCACCACGAAGGAACACCUGCUGCUCUACGGGUACAUCAAAGUCCCUCACUGGAGUAAAGAAGAGCUCUACCAAGAAGUGAAGAGGACCUUGAAGGAGACUGGGCUGUACAGCCACCGUCACAAGCUGGCUGGUGCCCUGUCCGGGGGGAUGAAGAGGAAGUUAUCCAUAGCCAUUGCUCUCCUGGGUGGAUCAAGGGUGGUGAUACUUGAUGAACCAACCACAGGGGUUGAUCCAUGCUCCCGGAGGAGUAUUUGGGAAAUUAUCUCCAAGAAUAAAAAAGGCAGAACCAUCAUUCUCUCAACACAUCACUUGGAUGAAGCCGAAGUUCUGAGCGACCGAAUUGCCUUCCUAGAGCAUGGAGGGCUUAAAUGCUGUGGUUCACCUUUCUACCUCAAGGAAACCUUUGGUGAUGGAUACCAUCUGACACUCACCAAAAAGAAGAACAUGAUAGAGGAGUGUGACACCUCAGCAGUGACCUCCUUGAUCCAGUCCCAUCUUCCAGAGGCUUAUCUCAAGGAGGAUAUUGGUGGAGAGCUCGUGUAUGUGCUUCCCCCUUUCAAGUCCACAGUCUCAGGGGCCUACCAGGCGCUUCUCAGAGCCCUGGACAGCAGCUUGAAUGAUCUGCACCUUGGCUGCUACGGGAUUUCAAACACGACUGUGGAAGAGGUGUUUCUCAAUCUGACAAAAGAGCUGGUAAAGGACCAGCAAGAAGAUGCUGCACUACCCCACCAGCUGCCUGGAGCCAGUGGUCACAGUGGCAGUGACGGAAUGUCUGUGAGCACAGACACCUUCACAGACAGAGACGAUCAGCUCCUGAUCAGAUCCAAAAGCCUGCAGGGUUUGCCACUGCUGCUGAAGAAGACUUCAGCUUUGUUCAUCAAGAGAUUCCACCACACCCGGCGGGAUGUCAGAGGCUUCAUCGCUCAGGUCAUCCUCCCAGUCCUCUUCGUGAUGGCUGCCAUGGGACUUGGGACACUGAGAACCAAGGAGACCGAAUAUCCCGAGCUCCUGCUGUCCCCCUCUCUGUAUGGCACAUCUGACCAGGCAGACUUCUUUGGGAAUUUUAAUGAAACCACAGGUGCUUUAGUUGCUUCGAUGCUUGCUUUCCCUGGAACGGAUAACACGUGCAUGAACGAAAGCAAUUCGCAGUGUUUGACAGAGGACAUGCUUGGCCAGUGGAUUACCAGUGGAAACCAGGGAACUAAGUAUUCUGCCUGCAACUGCACAGAUGGCAUCCAGACAUGUCCACAGAUGAACUACACUCCCCCUCACAGAAGGACCUUCUCCACACGGACACUUUACAACCUUACAGGGCACAAUGUGGAGACCUAUAUCCUGGCAACCACCAAAGACUUCCUGCAGAAACGGUAUGGUGGCUGGAGCUUUGGGCUGCCUUUGACAUCAGAUCUCCAGUUUGAUAUCAAGCCAGUGCCCCCCAACAGAACACUGACCAAGGUGUGGUACAAUCCUGAAGGUUAUCACAGCCUCCCAGCCUAUCUCAACAGCUUGAACAACUUCAUUCUUCGAGCUAACUUGCCAAAAAAUGAGACAUCCAAAUAUGGUAUUUUCUUAUCAGCUCACCCAUAUCCUGGAGGACAGAGUCAAGAGCAAGUAAUGCUCAACAGUUUACUCGACAUCAUAGUGUCCAUGUCUGUUCUGGUUGGCUACUCCAUCACGACAGCCAGCUUUGUGCUCUACAUGGUCAAAGAGCAUCAAACCAAAGCCAAACAACUGCAGCAUAUUUCAGGCAUUGGGAUGACAACCUACUGGGUGACUAACUUCGUUUAUGAUCUGGUACUUUUUAUGGUCCCUGUUGGACUCUCAGUAGGAGUUAUUUCAGCCUUCCAGAUCCCAGCUUUCUGCAACAACAGUAACUUACUGGCAGUAUUUCUUCUGCUGUUACUGUUUGGGUACGCAUCGUUUUCAUGGAUGUACCUGCUGGCUGGGUUCUUCAAGGAAACGGGGAUGGCCUUCAUUGUGUAUGUCUGUGUCAACUUGUUCUUCGGCAUCAAUACCAUUAUCACACACUCAGUUGUAUUUCUGCUCUCCCAGGAAAAGGCCACAGACCAGGGCUUGCGUGAUCUUGCUGAAAAUUUAAGGCAUGCAUUCCUUCUGUUCCCACAAUUUUGCUUUGGCUAUGGCUUGAUUGAACUGUCGCAGGAUCAGGCACUGCUGGGCUUCUUAAAAGCCUAUGGAGUGGAUUACCCUGACAAAACCUUUGAGCUAGACAAGACCACAUCCAAGCUGUUUGCCAUGUUUAUCCAGGGCACCGUGUUUUUUGCCAUUCGCCUUACAGUUCACGACAGGAUGAUUCAGAGAGUCCGGAGCAACAUACUGGAGUUCCUGUUCGACAGAGUGCACGGCAAAGCAUCACUCCUGCCCCCUGCGGAGGAGGACGUGGAUGUCCAGGCGGAAAGGAGCCGGGUGGAGGCUGGCAAGGCUGACUUCAACGUGGUGCAGCUCCAGAACCUCACAAAGAUCUACCACCUUCCUCACAAACGCAUCGUGGCUGUGAAAAACAUCAGCCUCGGGAUUCCCGCUGGAGAGUGCUUUGGCUUGCUUGGUGUGAACGGAGCUGGAAAGACGACGAUCUUCAAGAUGCUGACGGGUGAUAUCGGAGCAUCCAGCGGAAGGUUGCGGGUCCAGGAUCAUUCUGGGUCCUUGAAUGACAUUAGUGAGGCACACUGGUCACUCUUUGGCUACUGUCCUCAAGAAGAUGCCUUGGAUGACUUGCUGACGGUGGAGGAGCACAUGUAUUACUAUGCCAGGCUGCACGGCAUCCCAGAGAGGGACAUCAAGGGAGUUGUACUCCAGCUUCUCCACCGGCUGAAUCUGAUGGCCUACAAGGACAGAGUCACCUCCAUGUGCAGUUAUGGCACCAACAGAAAGCUGUCAACUGCUCUGGCUCUCAUUGGGAAUCCAUCGAUCCUGCUGCUGGAUGAACCGAGCUCUGGAAUGGAUCCGAAUGCUAAACGCCACCUUUGGAAAAUCAUCAGUGAGGAAGUGCAGAACAAGUGUUCGGUGAUACUCACAUCCCACAGCAUGGAAGAGUGUGAAGCCCUCUGUACCAGGCUGGCUAUCAUGGUGAAUGGGAGUUUCCAGUGCAUUGGCUCUUUGCAGCACAUCAAGAGCAGAUUUGGAAGAGGAUUCACUGUGAAGAUGCACUUGAAUAGCAACACGGUUUGCACUGAGACGCUGACAGAGUUCAUGAAGUCACACUUUCCAAACACAUGCCUGAAGGAUCGGCAUUUCAACAUGGUGGAGUAUCACGUUCCAGUCUCUGCAGGAGGCGUAGCAAAUAUAUUUGAUCUCCUGGAAGGCAGCAAAGCAGCCUUCAAUAUCAGGCACUUCUCUGUGAGCCAGACGACGUUAGAGGAGGUUUUCAUCAACUUUGCUAAAGAUCAAGAGGAUCCUGACGGCGUGGACACGGGUCCUGAUGUGACAGUGGACAGCUCUGACACAAGUAGCCAAGCGAGCACCAUAAGCUCCAUCUAUUGAGGGCACCCAACCACACGGGAUCAUAGAACCUGGGAAAAGACCUGGCAGCCCCUCAGGGUUCUUCCAACCCUGUUUUCUGUGAUUCUGGGAUGGUGGGGAUGAAACAGUCCCAUUUUCUUAAAGUACUUUCUUUUUUUUUAUGCACUUAAUUUGUAACUAGGAACAGGGUAGGCAUUUGAGACUGGCACUUGGUUACAAAUCAGAUUGGUCUUUCCACAGUUCUUUUCCCCCCAGUUCUUGUUUUGUGAUCACUGAAAUGCCUGUGAGGACUUAGAUGACAUCACCUGCUGCUCGUGGCUGUUUGCUUGCAGCAGAAAUGGCUGUGAUGGAGCAGAGGAGCUGUUGGCAGUGCAGGGUAUUUGACCAAAGAGCAGCCCCAGGCUGCAGAGGAAAGCCCACACUCCACUCCUUGCUCAGCAGCAGACUUCCAGGGUGACCAUGCCAAAGUCCCUCAGGUUUGACAGGUUCCCCGCUGGUGAGAAGGGGCUCGUGGCCUUGCCCUGCCUCCCAGGGGAGCUGUGAGGGCAUAGGUGUUGUGUACUGAGAGCUGCAAAUGCCAUUGGUGGGGGCCAUCUUUGGUAAUGACAUAGAGCUUAUCUGUAUGUGUGGGUUACGUCAGCACAAAUACAGUUAUUUUACAAGUUAGUGCUUCCAGUGGUUUUGGUUUGUUCCUGUAGUUUAUUCCAGCUCUAUGUAACUCCUCAAGUAACUCCUCUGGUGCCAGGCAGUUCCUAGCUCCUGGUACCCAGUGGAAGAUCAUUCCCCCACGAGCCCUUUUCUCCUUUGGGCUGGUGUUCAGGUCUGCUCUGCCACAGCUGAGGAAUGGCACAGGGCAGGUGUGUUGGAAUCCUCUGACAUGAAGGAGUUUGCUUUCCAAGACUGUGUUUCCCUGAGCACACUACAGGCAGCGAGCACUUCCCUUGCUCAGAAAACCUCCAUCUCCCAGCAGCUCUGCUUCUCUGUGUCCUCUCCAAUGACCUUCCUCCUCAACCCCACGUGGUGGCUGCCCCCAUGACUCCAGAGCUGUGUUUUCCCACAUAAUAAGGCAUCAUUAGCUUCUGCUUCAAAGGCUCUGCCUGCUGGCUUUCAGUGAGUCCUCCGCCUCCCUAUGAGCAGCAGCCCCCAGCAGCUGAGUUGAGCACACCAGCACGCACAUCCUGCUUCUUCCCCCCCAGAAUCAUUAAUAGAUAGAGCAGUUGAAUAUGAUUCUUUAUUAUAUGUAUCAGCAUAAGGCCUCAAAGACUCGGGUUUGGGUCAGGGCAUUGGUGUACGUGGUGCUAUUCAGGUACAUAAUGAACUUAAACUCUGAGCUCAAUAAACUUGCUGUUGCUGGUGAAAGAGACUGCAGAUAAAGCCUUACCUUGUGAGACCUGGGGUGGCCCAUACAACUUACCUGGGUUCACCCACACAAUUCCAGCCAGGUGGCUUCUUUUUCCUUUUUUUUUUUCCCCAAAACUAAUAUGAGCCAAAGCAACCUUUGAUGAAAGCUGCAAUGGCACAUCAUUCUCACUCUGAUCAUCAGAGCAGUUUGACUAGUUCAGCUCCUAUUUGAUGCCUUUUGAAGGAAUAGGUACUUUCAAUAUCAAGGGGUUCAGGAUUUUACGGUGGGAUACUGAUGUUCAGGGUUUAGUUGCUGCAAGGAGGUCAUGAAUUCUCCUUGGUCUUGGUAUAAACUUCUUACUGAUAGCAGGAGGAGUUUUAUUAUGGAUUGAAGGUAUUGUCAAGCCUUGAAUUAUGCCUCAACCUGCUGACUGUAAUUAAAACUGAGAUUCAGCUUCUUUCCAGAAUGCAUUUGACACCUGCAGUAACUGAAAAAGCUGCCCAGACAUCCAUUGUAGCUUCCAUUAUUAUGUCUCCAGCUCUGCAAAGGCUCUUUUUUCUCAUUUUCAUUGCA